CAUGUACAGACUUUGGCUCUUUCCACUCUAUAAACAAUACAGUAUAACGUGUAUUUACCUCGCGUUUACAUUGUUUUAGGUAUUAUACGUAAUCUAUGGAUCAUUUAAAAUAUACAGAAGGAUGUGCAUAGGAUAUAUAUAAAUACUACACGAUUUUAUAUCAGGGACUUUACCUGGAACCAAUAUGCUCAGAAGACAUUUGCUAUCAUUUUUAUUCUCUUGCACUCAAGAAAGCACAUAUUGGAAUGCAAAUGAAUACCAAUAAUAGUUUUUAAAAGGAUAAUUUAUAUACAAUUUACAUUGUACAUUCAUAUUGUCUGAUGAAAGGAAAUAAUCUAUAACCUUCAAUUCAGAAUUGAUGAGCUGUCCUAUUUUGAGAACUGUUGCUCUAGGUAAUUUUCAUCUCUGUAUUAACGUGUAAAACUGAUUUUAACAGGUAGAUAAAUGCUGUUUGGAAAGCAUACUUCACCCAUCUGGCAAAUAAAAUAAUUGAAGGAUUUAAUUAAUUUAGAAAAAAAUAUUUCAUUUUCAAAACGUUCAAACUGCUCAGAGCAUGUUAUUAAAUAAUCUACCUUUCACUAGGAAUCAUAAUAAAAACAAAGAAAAUGCUUACAGAACCCCUGCAAUGCAUUAGUAUACAUAAUUAUUCCUUGUGUAAGUGAAUCUUGUUGAGAUUUUAUGUUCAGUCACUUGAAAUUAAAUACUUUACAUAUUAACUAAAAUGUGUCCUGCUCUCUGUAUUCUGGAGAAGUUACUCUCAGGCAAAUUUACAUAUUCAAAUUAUUUUAUGGGCUAACUGACAAGUAUAGAGAAGAUUGAAGACAGUUAAGAUCAUUUAUUUCAAAAUGUUUUAAAGCAUUGAUUAUUUCUUUUGGUUUUCCUUCCUUCCCAUGACAGUUUUGAGGUGUACCUCUUACUUGGCAGAUGUCACUCUGUACUGGGUACUGGGACAGAGAGCAAUACAAUAGCAAGAGAGACAUCCCUCCUCUGCCCCCUCUAUCAUUCUGACUUCCAGAAAACUAGCCUUUUUCAAGACUUGUAGAGAAGAAAAAGUGAAAAUAUUUUUAAAAAAUCAUUGAAAGUACAUACUGCAUAAACCAUAGCAGACAUGAUGAGAUAUUGAAAUUUCAAUGUUAUUAAAAAAUUUUAAUAUGAUUUUACAGCCCUUUUUCUACUUUAAAACGUGUAUCUUAGUGUUAAACAAACAAUCAAUAACCACAUAAAUUUAAAAAUUGCUGCAGGAAAUACCAGACAGUUUAUUGAAGGAUCAUGCGACAGAAAUAAGGACCGAAGAGCGUAAGGAGCUAGACCUGUGCAGGUUACCGAAGUCAAGAACCUAAUUAAUCAGUAACAGGAAGUGCAGAGCGGGCUUUUGAGUCCAUGCCUGAGUAAGAAAUUCCCAAAUAACACUAACAGAAGACAUUUCCUUACCCCUGCUUUUAGUUUAGCUCUAGCUAACUUAGGAUUAACAAAAUAUAUGUGCUGAAUGAAUGUUUUAUUUUUUUUUCCAGCUCCACAUGCCUGUCUAGACUUUGAGCUUUAUUAUGAAUAAAGAGAAAAAUCGGCUGGAGGGCGAAAAAAAAAUUUCAGGCAGAUUAACACAUGAUUUACCUCUUUUUGAACAUCCAUCUUAAUGGAAGUGCUAAGAAAGUUAGAUUCAAGCCUGGCUUGGACAAAGCAAGGCCACCCCCUCCUCUAUUUUUUCAAUGAGAUUUUCCAAUCCUAGUCAAAUGGUGGUGCUAGUUCUUUAUUUUUGAGUUACUGCAUUUCCUAAUUUCAUGGUCAUAACAGCCUCCUGUCUACCGACUCAGAACGGAAUUUACCAAAACUGAAAAUGCGGGCUCCACGCUCAGAAGCUCUUUAACAGGCUCGAAAGGUCCAUGCUCCUUUCUCCUGCCCAUUCUAUAGCAUAAGAAGACAGUCUCUGAGUGAUAAUCUUCUCUUCAAGAAGAAGAAAGACAUAAUCACAAAGAUCUCUUCACAUUCUCCAGGACUGCAGUACCAAAUAUCAGCACGGAUCUUCUUGAAAAAGGAUGUAGAUCUUAAUCUGAAUUUUGAACCAUCACUGAGGUGGCCCGCCGGCUUGUGAGCCUUCAGCGCCGCGGGGACCGGAUCUGCUCCCUGCCGGCGGCCUCGGACCAUGACCAUGACCCUUCACACCAAAGCGUCCGGGAUGGCCCUUCUGCACCAGAUCCAGGGGAACGAGCUGGAGCCCCUGAACCGUCCGCAGCUCAAGAUCCCCCUGGAGCGGCCCCUGGGCGAGGUGUACGUGGACAGCAGCAAGCCCGCCGUGUACAACUACCCCGAGGGCGCCGCCUACGAGUUCAACGCCGCGGCCGCCGCCAACGCGCAGGUCUACGGCCAGUCGGGCCUCCCUUACGGCCCCGGGUCCGAGGCGGCAGCGUUCGGCUCCAAUGGCCUGGGGGGGUUCCCCACGCUCAACAGCGUGUCUCCGAGCCAGCUGAUGCUGCUGCACCCGCCGCCGCAGCUGUCGCCCUUCCUGCAGCCCCACGGCCAGCAGGUGCCCUACUACUUGGAGAACGAGCCCAGCGGCUACACGGUGCGCGAGGCCGGCCCGCCGGCGUUCUACAGGCCAAAUUCAGAUAAUCGACGCCAGGGUGGCAGAGAGAGAUUGGCCAGUACCAAUGACAAGGGAAGUAUGGCUAUGGAAUCUGCCAAGGAGACUCGCUACUGUGCAGUGUGCAAUGACUAUGCUUCAGGCUACCAUUAUGGAGUCUGGUCCUGUGAGGGCUGCAAGGCCUUCUUCAAGAGAAGUAUUCAAGGUAAUAGACAUAACGACUACAUGUGUCCAGCUACCAACCAGUGCACCAUUGAUAAAAACCGGAGGAAGAGCUGCCAGGCCUGCCGGCUCCGAAAAUGCUACGAAGUGGGAAUGAUGAAAGGUGGGAUACGAAAAGACCGAAGAGGAGGGAGAAUGUUGAAACACAAGCGCCAGAGAGAUGAUGGGGAGGGCAGGAAUGAAGUGGGGUCCACUGGAGACAUGAGAGCUGCCAACCUUUGGCCAAGCCCACUCAUGAUCAAACACUCUAAGAAGAACAGCCCAGCCUUGUCCCUGACGGCCGACCAGAUGGUCAGUGCCUUGUUGGAUGCUGAGCCCCCCAUAAUCUAUUCCGAGUACGAUCCUACCAGACCCUUCAGUGAGGCUUCGAUGAUGGGCUUACUGACCAACCUGGCAGACAGGGAGCUGGUUCACAUGAUCAACUGGGCAAAGAGGGUACCAGGCUUUGUGGAUUUGACCCUCCAUGAUCAGGUCCACCUUCUAGAAUGUGCCUGGCUAGAGAUCCUGAUGAUUGGUCUCGUCUGGCGCUCCAUGGAGCACCCAGGGAAACUCCUGUUUGCUCCUAACUUGCUCUUGGACAGGAGUGUACACAUUUCUGUCCAGCACCCUGAAGUCUCUGGAAGAGAAGGACCAUAUCCACCGAGUCCUGGACAAGAUCACAGACACUCUGAUCCACCUGAUGGCCAAGGCAGGCCUGACCCUGCAGCAGCAGCACCGGCGGCUGGCCCAGCUCCUCCUCAUCCUCUCCCACAUCAGGCACAUGAGGUGAGGCAUCUGCGGGCUUCCUACAAAAGAGACAUAAAGAAAACAUGCUCCCAAACCUAUGUGAAAGCUGACCGGGAAGGACUGGUGCCUGCAUAUGGAGAACGUACUUAUGACAGUUCCUGGUACAGAAUAAGCAUAAAUGCUAUGGGAGGACAGAAGAGAGAGAUUUUAAAUCUGCAUGGGUCAUGGGGCAGGUGUCAGAGAAGGCAUAGAGGAAGUGAUACUUAUGCUUGGUUUAAAGCAUGUGCUUUCUGGCAGGGGUCUAGGGAUUGGGUGUGGUAUGCAAACAGGAGGAGGAAGCCAAUCAGGAGAAGUCUGUGAGCGUACACAUUCCCUGAAGACACUGGGCACAUCGUUAUGGUCCCUUUUUAUACUCAGAUAUCCUAAAUGAGAGACCCUGGGGCCAGAUGCCUCACGGAGAGUCAAUGUUAACUCCUUCAUAUCUGUUGAACCCCAUUUCUGUUGGACUUCUCUGCCAGCCACCAAAUAUGUAUCCCCGCCUUUAAUCUAGAUCCUUUCUAGAUCAUACGCCACGAUGUGUCUGGAGUAAUCCUUCUAGAACAAAAUCUGAUGUCAUCCUCCUGCUUAAAACCCUUCAGUGGCUUCUCAUUACCUUUAGGUUAAAGUAUAAACCCUAUCACUGUGUUUGUAUUACUCCUUAUGACUCAGCCCUCACUUAGCUUAUGAGGACUUCCUCGUGUCUGAGCUCCAGCCAUAAUAGCUGACUGCUGGAUGAGUCAUCUUGGGAGGUUCUUCUUCAGGCUUCAGAUUGUUGGGCAGCCCUCUUGUCCUCAGCUAGGCUCACUCACACAUCUGGGAGGCAGCUGCUUGAGGCCAGGAUGACUCUGCUCCAUGUCUCACAUCUCCUAUCCUCCUUGUACCCAUAUGUUUGCUGGGACAUGUUCUCAUAGCAACGGCAGGGGUACCAGAAAGUGAUCCUGUUUGGGCAAAUGCAUUUUACUCUUUAACUCAUAUCCACUGACAUUUCAUUGGCCAAGCAAGCAUGUGGGAAGCCCAAAGUCAAACUUGGACAUGUUGCUGGGGAAGUGAAUAUUUCUGAGCAAUAAUCUAAUCUAUCACAGCUCAGAUCUCACUCCUUGCCAGAAGCAUCUCCUAAGCCUUAAGAAGUAGUUAGAACUUACACCCUGUUCUUCUCUGUGGUUUCUACCCAUUUUACUAUUGUUCUGCCCAUUUAGAAUGACAACUCUGUAAGCCAGCAUUGCAGUCUGGCUUGCUUACCCAAUAUCACCUACCAUGGUGCAGAGCACAUAGGAAAUACUCAACAAAUAUUUUCUGUAACAGCUAAGGAAGGACAUCAGCAGAGAAAAUAGCAUCUAUGCCAAAAGGUGACAGUGGACUCAUUUCCAUUCCAUUGUUUUGCAAUGUGGCUAGCCAAAAGCUUAGUGGAUGCCACUCUCAUAAGUAGACCUCACCUGCAGGGAAGAGAUGGGGAGAUUGGUGGGUUCUUUAUUGCAGACUCCAGCAGGGCCACAAUAAUGAUUGGAAGUGAUGACACUAGAAGGACAAGUACCAAUGGGUGAUGAAGCCACAACGAUGAUGUCAAGUGAUAUCAUUAGAAGGACAUGUAUUCAUGGGUGAUGAAGCCUACAUGACCUUGGGCUUACACCAGGACCCUAGGAAUGAAAGAGAUUCCUUCUCGUAGUGGCUAUGAGAGAAGGCCUAUGAUGUCUGAAGGAGGUUGGAUUUGAUUAUUUUUAAGGGACUUUCAAAUCUUGAGAUCAUGAUUCAGAUGGCAAGAAGUUUGCUCCAUUAAAGUCCUGGGCACCACCCUUUCCAGAGACACCCUUAAAAAAUUAUUAGCUCUUGGGAAAAUAGAUGUGUCUUAUUUUCUUUGUAUCACUCAAAGUGCCAUAUAUGAAGACUUAUAUAUGGUAUAUGCUCACAACAUUACUACUGAGUGAAUGAACAAACAAAUGAGGGAAUGAAUGAAUGAACAAAUGACUCAUGGAAGGCUUUUCCGUGCCUUGUGAAUUUGGCUUCUACUUGGUAAGAAGGUGAUUGCAAUCUUUGUUCUCAGGGUUCCCCAAGGAUCCCUGUGUAACAGACGAAGGAAUCACAGCUGUCAGGUAGAGUAGGUGACUGCAUUCAGAGUAUACACUUCCAGUCUUUCCUUUUCCUUUUGAUGAAUAUUAUAGAGAGGGAAGCCAUGAAUGGAUUAGAUACCAAAAUCCCUGGCUGAGAGAAUAACCUUACCCUGGAAGAAAACAUAUUAGCUUUGACUCUGAGCUAGGAAUUUCAGUGAUAUUGUAGAUUCAAUGCAUUGUGGUUGAAUGUUUUUGUUGAUAGGAAUUGCUGAAUUUUCAAAUCCAUUAACUGCUUGUCAGCAUUAGCAAGCCUAGUUAGUUAAUACCAAGUAAAUCUGCACUAAAUAUACAACCCUGGGUGAUUUUACUGGCCACGUCUGGCAGAGGGCAGUAGCAGUGAGAAAGCUCUGUAGUUUCUGCUGAAAUUGUGUGAAAAGCUGGAGAGAGGUUGUUAUUCUGCCGAAACCUUUGAACCCUCUCUCUGUCUCUCUGUCUCUGUCUCUCUCUCUCCCCUUCUCUUUCUCUCUGUCUCUCUCUCUCUCUCUCUCUCUCUCACACACACACACACACACACAUAUACAACAAUAUUUCAGUUCCUCACUACAGCCAAUCUAAAUCACAGAAACCUAUUUUGUUAAAUAAUCUUGGCCCCAGACAUAUGUUGCUAUGCAGAGAAUUUCAUACCAGAUUUCAUCCAACUGUAAAUGUGAAUCAUCAGGUUUUGGGAGGAAGACACUGGCAGAUCCAGGGGGCAUUCAACUUUUACAGCAUUUUAAAUGAAAAAAAUUUAAAAAGCAACACUUAAACAAGUAAUUCAGAUCAUAUUGUAGGCCCUGAAUAGCCUUGAUGUUGUGUUUUCAUGGCAGGUCUCCAACCUGAGCUGAAUUAUCCCCUACUAAAAACACAAAUUUUUCUAAGACAUUCUUUUGAAAUUUCAAGCUAGAUAAUAGUUGUUCUCCCCACAACUCCCACCACCAGUAGUGUGGUAGGGACAGCAGAAUUGUGGCCAGCGGAGGAGAGCAGAGGAGGAGAGCAGGGAAAGGAGAAUGCCAUUUGCCUGCAUUUCCCUGUGCCCAUUUCCUGAACAUUAACCGAGUUCUGGGCACUGUUUUAGGCUUGACAGAGGGCAGGAUAAAGCCUGCUUCUCCAGGAAUUCUCACGGAGUGUGUGAGUGUGUUCAUGUGUGUGUUUAGAGGUGGGGAGAAUAGACACAAAUAAAUAAAAAGAAUUUCAGGUAGCAAUAAGUGUGGUGAGAAAAACAGAACAGUGUGAAAGAGGAAGGCUGAGACUGCAGAGGCGUGAGGCCGCUACCACUGAGUAGCAGUGGGCGUUUCUGAGGAGGCGGCAUUUGGAGAUGGGAAGGGGAUGCAUCCCAUCCAAGUAGGAAUAACAAGUGCAGAUCCCCUAAGUCUUGGGGGAGGUUAGUUUUUUAAGGGCAGCACAAAAAUCAGUGUGGCUAAGGAGAGUGGGUUAGAGGAGACAGGCAGGAAGAGCUUGGAGAAGUAGAUGGAAGCUGGACCACUUGGGCCUGGUAGAGCAUGGAAAGACAUUUAGAUUGUAUUCUGAGUUAAAUGGGAAGCAACUCGAGAGAUUUAACAAGGGAUUGUCUUGAUCUUGAACUGCUUUCCACAUUUAAAAUACUCACCCCUGCUUGGCUGGAAAUCUCACGUUCUCAUUUUAGAUGCACUGGCAAUCCUAUCUGAAGGCAUUUGGAUCCUAUUAGAGGGGAAUAGGAUCUCAUUUGAGGCUGCGGAAGGCCACGGAAGUCACCUGCAUAGCAAAUACCCUGAAAGUGGCUGCAGGGAGAGUGUGAGGGUGGGACAGCCCUCGUAGGAGGUGGGACAUGAAAACCACACAGCCAUGAGUUUCAGAUCAGGGCCUCUGAAAGCCCUCAGCUUUCCCAGCUGCCAUCCUAAAAUGGGUCUUUAAACAGGAAGAAACAUUGGCUACCAAAUGUCGUGGGAGUUCCUCUUCCUUCCCCUUCUAGGGAUUUCAGCCCUCCUGGGGCUCGGGUUGGCUCUAAAGUGGUCCUCUCUGUGUCUUCCCAC